AACUUCACUGAGCACCGACUGCGGCAUCUGAGAGUUCAACACCAUCAGAAGCUGCUAUUUUAUUAAUUAAUUAAAUAAAAAAAACGUCGUAGCAACAAAACAAAUUCGGUUUACUUUAUGUGAUAAUCCAAGAUUUGUUUUUAACCCGUUGAAAAGGACAUUUUGUGUCCCGAUUACUAAAAAGAAAAUUGGCAUUUCCAAAGUAAAAAGCAAAAAAUAUUUCCUGCAGUGACGUUUCAAGAAGAGAAUAAUUUUCCCAACAUCAUCAAAAGGAAUGGAUGAAAAAGUCGAGACCCCAAAUGCAAUAGGACGUAAACGCAGUCGAUCAAAUGAGGAACUAAAGAAGGGCGAUAAGGACCUGACCUCAUCGAGUUGCAGUAGUGGUCAGCAUAGCCCAUAUGAUAACCAAGAAACGAAUGUGAGUGCAUGCAGCAACAACAGCAGCGUCUCUAAUAAUAACAACAAUAGUGAUAGUGGUCUCAGUUCUAAAAUGGAAGAAUCAUCAUUUGGUGAUGCGGAUUCUAUGAUGAUGACAAUUGAUUCCAAAGCUGACGACGAAGAGGACUUAAAUAGCUCACCGAAGGCUGCGAGUGGUGAUAAUAUUUUACAGGAGGAAAGUAUGGAAAGUUUAACUGCUGCCUGUGCUGCUGCUGCUGAAUCUGAUGGAGAAACCCCUUGCUCGUCGUCACAUCUUAUUAAACGCUCGAAACGAAAUCGGUCUCGUAAUUAUCGUAAAACAGAUCGUUCAACGUCAUCAGAAGAUGAGGGUGAGCGAAAGCGUAAUGAAAACAACGAUGUAGGAUCUAAAAUGGCAAUAGAAGUUCCACCAGCUCAUGACAUCAACUCAGAGGAGGCCUUAAAUCCAGUGGAUGCCGCUAAUAGUAUUGCUCAAGAGGAAAGUAUGGAGAGCUUGGCGGAUAAUGGCGAAAGUACUACUGCCGAUGUAGAAAAGCCAUGCACUUCCUCAAAAAUUGUAAUACGUUCCAAACGCAAUAGAUCUCGUAAUAAUCGUACAUCUGAACGUUCCGCAUCAACUUCAUCGUCGUCGUCGUCUUCCUCCUCUUCUCAAAUAUCAUUUCAUAUUGUCCAACCGGCAGCCGAAUCAAAUGAAAAUAAUGAUCCAGACGUCCAAAUGGUCGAGCGAACUUCUUCCCCAGCAUCGAGUGAACAAUCCGAGGAAUCCUUUGCCCUCCCAAGUCCAGACUUCCCCGAUGAGGAGGAUGACGAUGACGACGAUGACAGCGUCACUGACUUUUUGGGACCUAUUUUAAGGGGCAGAAAUAGUUCAGAUUAUGUUUCACCCGAUUCAGCCGACUCGGUGCGUAUAAAGGAGAAAGAUGAAGAGGUUAAUAAAUUGUUGAAUAAACAGAAACCGGCUUAUACUUGGAGUGCUGCCUACGAGCUAAUGCGUCGAGAACAUGGACUGAGUGGUGAUGGCAGAACUUCACUACGUAACGGCUUUACAUAUGGUUUCAAUAAUCGUUUCUAUGCUUCUCGUCACGUUGUGGAACGUAUGAAGCUAUCUCAUGUUUUAAGGAAACAUAAUGGCUGCGUCAACUGUUUAAAUUUUAAUAAGAGUGGAGACCUCCUGGUGACCGGUUCAGAUGAUGCUCGACUGAUCGUCUGGGAUUGGGCUGGCAAUAAGGUUAAACAUAUAUGGAAAUCUGGUCAUAGUUCCAAUAUAUUCCAAUCGAAAUUUGUGCCAACCUCUCCAUUUAUUGAUAUAAUAUCAGCAGCCCGUGAUGGUCGUGUGAGGCGUUCAAUUGUUCCAUCUUCGGGGGGAAAAGUACAAACGUCCAAUCUAUAUAUCCAUCGUGGGCCGGUCCAUAAGCUAGUAAUAUGUCCCGAUAACCCUUCGGAAAUUAUAAGUGUGGGCGAAGAUGGUUUCAUUUGCAGCAAAGAUUUACGAGAGGAGUAUCAUAAAAUUGAUUUGCUGCAGGUCAUGUCACACGUAAAGAAAUCGAGGAAGGUGCGCCUGUUUAGUAUUUCCCAUCAUCCGUUUGCACCGGAAAUCUGUGUCAGUGGCAGUGAUUGUUAUGUGCGUGUCUACGACAAGAGAUCAAUGAAGGAUCCCGUACGCACAAUGUGUCCCGAACAUAUACUUGAAGCCUGUACCCCCAGUGUUACCUGUUGUGUUUACAAUAAUACUGGCACGGAAAUUUUGGCCUCCUACAGCGAGGAAAACAUUUAUUUGUUUGAUAACAAAAAUUAUGUGGAUGGAGAAUAUCUGCAUUGCUACAAGGGUCAUUACAACCAAAAGACCAUAAAAGGUGUCAACUUUUUUGGCCCCAAUUGUGAGUAUGUCAUCAGCGGCAGUGAUUGUGGAAAUAUUUUCUACUGGGAUAAAAACACCGAGGCAAUUCUUAAUUUUAUGCCUGGUGAUACUGCUGGUGUGGUGAAUUGCCUUGAGCCGCAUCCUACCACACCCAUACUUGCUACUUCUGGCCUGGAUCAUCACAUUAAAAUAUGGACCCCAAGUGCCGAAAAGUAUCCUCCUGAUCUAACUAAACUUACCAGUUGUGUGCGCCGCAAUCUUCGACGCACUGUUAUUGACGAAGCUAUUCAAUUUGAUUACAAUCAAUUGCAAUAUUUCAUCAGACAGACCCUCUGCCGUCACAGACGACGAAAUCGUGAACGCAACAAUGAUGACGAAGAUGAUAGCGACGACUCCCCCUCAUCUUCGGUUGAAUUACAUACCGAUAACGAUGACUCUGACGACGAUGAUGAUGAAGAUGUGUCUAAUUUACAGCGUCUCAAUUGUGGUACUCAAUAAACGAAAAUUUACACUUGCCAUAGAUUUUUCCAAAAGGAGGAAAUUUUAUGAGACUGUGUUUUUUGAAAACAUUUCUCCUUUUGCCUAGUGCGUUUAGUUUUCUUUUCGGCAAUAAAAUACUUGUUCUGUGUAAAUGAUAAUAACUUUUUUGUGUUGCGCGCAAAUAAUUUGCAGCUUUAACCAUGCAAUCAACAGCAUGAUCAUCUACUUUUAUGUAUGUUAUUUUAAUUUUGUUAGAUUGUAAGCAAGUUCACUUAUUAAAUUCAAAUUUAUUUUACUUUUCUUUUUGUGUCCUUUUUUUAAAACAAUUUUUUUUUGUGGUUUCUUUGUAAGGAUGUUUGUCUUCAAGAUGGGCAUUCAGGCUUUCAACCGAUAUUUAGAACAUGUAUCCGUUUCGGGUUUUAUAUUAACUUGUAAAAGCGAAAACUCGAAUCAUAAGUUUUAGAUCUUAAAUCGGUUAUCCGUUAAACAACAAGAAAAAAAUAUAUAUUUAUUUAUGAAUUUAUAAAAUAAUUGAAUUGGAUUAAUAAAAUGUUAUAUUAUCAGA